AUGAGGAUCGAGAGGUCGGGGGAAGCCACGGCGGGGCCGCCCGGCUCGGCCCGGUGCGGGCAGGCAGGGCACGGGGCACCCGUGGGGCAGCGCGGCUGCGGCCGCCCCCAGCUCAACCCCGAGCGGCUGAAGCAGGUCAGGCUCCACGUGGAGAGGGCCAUCAAGGACAAGAAGAUCUUCGCGCUGCAGGGCCCCUACCCCGUGAUCCGCCGCCUGCUGCGGGCGCGGGGCUGGGUGGAGAAGAAGGAGCGGGGCGCGGGCAGGGCGGGCGGCCCCCGGCAGCAGGAGGGAGGUGGCGGCAGCGAGGCCGCGCAGGGCGCCGCGACCCACCGUGGGGUGCAGGCGAGCCCCGAGUCCUCGUGCUCCUCGUGGCUGCCUGGCGAGGAGGAGGAAGAGGAGGAGGAGGAGGAAGAGGAGGAGGAGGAAGAGGAGGAGGAGGAGGAGGACCCCGAAGGCAUCCACGACCUCAUGUCCCGCCUGGUGCGGGACCAGGUGCCCUACUUCAUCUGGACCACCCGCUGCAGCGCCCUGCGGGGCCGCCUCCUGCAGCCCGACCAGGCGGUGAACCACUACGCCCGGGUGGGCUCCUUCACCACCAAGGAGGGGCUGUGCCUCACCCUGCGGAACCUGCCCUGGUUCGACCAAGCCGACCCCGACGCCUUCUUCCCCCGCUGCUACCGGCUGGGCGCCGCGGACGAGCGCCAGGCCUUCAUCGAGGAUUUCCGCCUCACCGCCGCGCGCAGCCUGCUCAAAGUGGCCCUGCAAAGGGCUCAGGACGCGCACGCGGGGCCGGAUCCGUCCCCAAACUCCGCCGAGGCACCAGGUGACGGCCCCGCUCCCGCAGAGGGCCCGGGUGCCCAGCUGGUGGAGGAGGCGCUGCGGGUGUGCGGGCAGCACCUGGGCAGCCUCACCCACCGGGACAUCGACGGCGACCCCCGGCCCCCCGGCGCCACGGAUGCCGGCUGGGACGGCUUCCUGCGGGGCUGCUACCGCGUGGUGCACGAGGGGGCCGUGCCGCGGCUGAGCGCGGCGCAGCGGGAGCAGGGCCGGAUCCUGCUGCAGCGCCUGGCGGGGCGGCUGCCCCAGCUGCGCAUGGAGGGCGACCGCAACGUCUGGAUCCUCAAACCGGGAGCCGCGUCCCGGGGGAGAGGCAUCACGUGCGCGGCGCGCCUGGACGAGGUGCUGCGGCUGGCGGGCCAGGCGGCGCGGGAGGGCCGCUGGGUGGUGCAGAAAUACGUGGAGCGCCCGCUGCUCGUCUUCGGCACCAAGUUCGACGUCCGCCAGUGGUUCCUGGUGACCGACUGGAACCCGCUCACCGUCUGGUUCUACCGCCGCAGCUACCUGCGCUUCUGCUCCCGGCCCUUCUCCCUGCGGCGCCUGGACGCCGCCGGCCACCUCUGCAACCAAGCCGUGCAGCGGCGCUGCGGGCCCGGGGGGGCCCGGCACCCCCGGCUGCCCCCCGACAACACGUGGUCGUGCCGGCAGCUGCAGGCGUACCUGGCGCAGCGCGGGCAGGCGGGCGCCUGGAGCGAGGUGAUGGUGCCGGGCAUGAAGGCGGCGGUGGUGCGGGCGGUGCGCUGCUCGCAGGGGCUGGUGCGGGGCCGCAAGGGCAGCUUCGAGCUCUACGGGGCCGAUUUUGUUUUCGGGGAGGAUUUCCGCCCUUGGCUGCUGGAGAUCAACGCCAGCCCCACCAUGGCCGGCAGCACGGCGGUGACGGGGCGGCUGUGCGCCGGGGUGCAGCGGGACACGCUGCGCGUCGUCAUCGACCGCAGGGACGACCCCGGCUGCUCCACGGGGGCCUUCGAGCUCAUCUACAAGCAGGCGGCCGUGCCCACCCCUCGCUACGUGGGGCUGAAGCUGGCGGUGGAGGGCUGCUCGCUCCGGAGACCCCGCCGCGCUCCCAAGCCCCCCGGCACCACGGCGAGCACCCCGGCUCCAAGUGGGAAAAUAGGGCUGUGA